GGAAACAUACAGGGAUUCUGGGAAUAUUUUACACAUGUUGCGCUGCCCGUUGUUGAGGUGAUGGUGUUAACGGUCUUCUUUAUGCUGGCACAAGAAUGACCGAAUUCUUUUUUGCCUCAACUGCUGAUCAUGUGGUUCGUCACUCCAGCCGAGAAGCUCCAGACAUUUCAAUCCCACUCGGUCUUCCUUUGCAUCCUUGGGUCGCUUAUUGCUCGAGUUGAAGGUCUUGUCCCUGAGUUUCUACAGCGAUUAAAGCCAUCAAUUGCCUGUUUGGAUGGUCUGUAAGCCCUGUAUGAUAAGUGUAAAGCUUGCGCAAUGGCUAUUUUGUGAGUGAAUGAAUGCUGCGCUUCGUUCUGCGAAGCUUGUGCUGGCAUCUCCGCGGAACAUGCAUGUUGAUACGUAAGCUCACGAUGUCAAGGCACAUCGCCGGCUGCAUGUGCUGGUGUGCGGUACGGAAGUACCGGUGGCAUCGAGAGCUCAGCCAUGCAAUAUUCAGGUGCUACCAGUACAGUAAUAACAAAUCAACCUGUAAGAGCUGCCUGGGUCGAGGGCUUUUUUGCUGAAAUAGCGCACUCUGGCCAUUGGCCUUGGCCAUUGACAGCCGUGACAUCAACAAUCAACAUAUUAUCAACAUGCAUCAAAGAGCUUAUCAAAGUCAAAGCUCCCACAUCACACAAAGAGGUGAUCAACGCAAGCGACUUGAUUUAAAAAUUUUCUUCGUCAUCAACUGAGUCAGCAUUCGGAAGAAUGCAAAAGGUUACAGGCGUCGACAUUCUAUGCUAACUUUGCAGCCAUCAGCUUGAGCAUCGAAGAAUCAAUCGAAUCGAAUCGAAUCGAAUCCAGAGGCAGUUUCCCACCAUCGGUCUGUAGCUAGCUAGCUCUAAAAAAAGUGCUAGCUGACAAGCAAGGGUCGCUCAGGCUUCCCAACAGCCAGCCCCCAACAAGCCUCAAGUUUCGGUUUUCGGUCUAGCUAGACCUAGACUACCUUUCCUAUUUUUCUUGCUCAGCUACCAGUUAUCGGGCGUUGUUCUACAGUGGUGGUGCUUUAUGGCCCCAAUACAAUGUAGUAGUUUACAGGUGUUUUCUAUUGUUAUUGCACAUGGGCUAUAUGUAAGCCACGGUACAGUCGUACGCAAGAAUUGAGGCUGCGGCGGAAGCUGCUUGACAGCAAAGUUCUGCGGGCAGAGACUAUGCUGGCCAGGCCGAGCUAGCUAGAGCAUCGUGGAAUAUCAGUCCAAGUCUACUCGUGUGUGCUGGCUGCCUAAAAAUUCUAGGCCAGCCAAGCAGCAGUUCUGUCUGAUAUUGCACUUGCUAGCUACAAGUGGGCUACCUAGCUAGCCGGUGCUCAGCGAUACCCUACGGUAGCAGAAAGAAAAGAGGGUGGAAGAGAGGAAUAGCGCAAGUGUAGGGUUUGUAGUUUUUUUGGCCAGCUUGGAUGAAAAAUGUGGAGGGGACGGAGAGGAGGACGAGAUGCUGAGGUAACAAGCCAGCGAGAGCUGGCUUUACUCCCGAUUCUCGAAGAGAAAUUUUCCUGCCAACGGUCACAAAGUUUUGCGUCACACUGUCACACCCUCCCCCAAGGUUCUGCUCUCCCACCAAACCCCUUCAGCCUUUCGGUCUUCUUCAGUUUCCAUCGCUAUUGCUACACCUGGUCAUUUGCACCAUGAAUGCACGAGGCACGAAGAGCCCUUCAAGUGGCAAUGGCAACGGGACGCCUCGACCGUCGUCCCCUCGGCCAUCGCUGCUCUCGACAUCGAGCAUUCUAAUUUUGGUCAUUUCCCACUCGGUCGCAUUUUUGGUGGGGUCGAUGUUUGCAUCCAACCAUACCAGUACUGUGCAACGCUCCAUGCUCCAGCCGCACUGUCCAGAAUGCCCGUCCAUGAAGACAUUUAUGAACGCUUCAGUAGCAAGAAAUAUGAAAGUGGCAGAACCGGCCAUAAAAUGUGAAUCCUGUCCUCCAUGUCCCAAGCAACGGGAGUGCCCAAAAUGUGUACAAGCGACAAAAAUUAUCCAGAAAGAAUCUACAAAUCCGGGAUUGCCAUCGUCAGUGAAUAGAAUAGCUGCUGGUAUGGCAACCGCUACCAAAGAAGACUUUGCCAAAACGUUUGACCUUGGAGUUCCUAUUGACGCUGCAGAUUCAGAUCGUGAUCGUGAUGUCCUGAUGGUCUACAGCCGGGGAGAUGCCAUGCCUACAAAACUGACAGACUCCAAAUCCGUAGAGCUGGUCACUGCAGACGAACUCACUGAGAACUGUGAUAUCAUGCACGUGGCCUUUCGCAACCGUGGUGGGAGCAAGAACAUGUGUCUAGCAUUGGUUCCCAACUAUGAAUCCCAUCAUUUGCAGACUUGGAUGAGGCUGCCAGAGAGAGGUAGAGGAGACAGAGAGCAUCCGCUUCGUUUGGUGCCACGCACAAUGCAAUGGGAUGGAAAGGAUGAAUUUGGAGUUCCAAAGUUUGAACGCCACACAAAAAAGACAUGGAAAGAGCUGAAAGUUUAUUUGGAGACCUAUGAAGGGAUUGUGGCAGAACUCAAGGAGAUUGUCAAACGAAUCAAAUACAAGAAUACCAUUGUUGUCCUUGUGUGUAAUCACGGCCAGUCAGAACUUCUGAUGAAUUUUGUUUGUGCUGCACGAACAAGGGGGCUUGACACCCAGCAUGUGCUGGUUUUUGCAACUGAUGAAGAGACAAAGGAGCUUGCAGAAAGCAUGGGUAUGACUGCCUACUAUGAUGAGAACAACUUUGGGCACAUGCCUACUGAAGCUGCAAAACAGUAUGGUGACAUGAAGUUUGUCAAGCUCAUGAUGGCAAAGGUGUUGUGCGUCCAUUUGACUAUCUUGACUGGUGUGGAUGUCCUGUUCCAAGAUGUAGACGUGAUUUGGUUCAAGGAUCCAUUACCGUACUUCCAUAAUAGGAACUCCACAAUCUACAACAAUGAUGCCUACUUCCAAGACGAUGGGGCCAGAUCAUUACGGUAUGCACCCUAUAGUGCCAACUCUGGUUUCUACUAUCUCCGCAAUAAUCAAAGGACAGUAAAUUUUUUGACGCAGCUAGUGCUAGCUGGAGACCUGAUCGCCAAAAGCUUUUCUCAUCAACAAGCCAUGAUUGCAGUCAUGUCGGAACAAAUGUCAUUACAUGGCUUCAAGGCAAAAGUAUUGCUAAGAGAAGAUGAAGGUUUUCCUGGUGGCUUUCAAUUUCAUUCAGGCCGAAAGAAAGACUACAUGCGACAGUUGUUUGCAGGCCAAAAGGACCCCUAUAUUUUCCACAUGAGCUGGACCCUGAACAAAGACAACAAGCUGCUCUUCUUUAAGCAAAUGGGAGAAUGGUAUGUGAAAGAAGAGUGUGUAAGCAAGAAACUGGAUGACAUUGCGCUUGCAGGAGGGACUGCUGUCGAUGCUUGCUGCUCUGCGGAAGCGCUAUUCUCUUGCCACUACCAAGACAAACCCAGCAAAUACCCCUGCAGUGACAGCCCUCCAAUUGAUAAAAAUGGAAAGGACUGGUGGGCCCACAAGUAGAUGGUUAACAUGCAAGGCACUAUCUAUGCCAAUCUCCUCCAAAGAGCUGCGAGGAUCACAGCAACACAGGGACCUGCAUUUCAGGAGUAAACCAGCCACUUUGGCGUUCCAAGUUAACAAGUUGUGCUUUGGAACAAGCUGCCUCAUCUUGGGGCAUUCAUGCCCGCGUCCGUUCUGUCAGUAAUAGGUCUUGUUCCGGCACAGCAAACCUUGAUAGCUACCCGUAGCAUACUAACUACCGACACUAGCUAGACCUAAGUAUCAAUCUGUACCUCCCACUUGGAAUAAAACUAUGGCUUGGGUGGCUUUACUCCGUGUAAAUGACGCGGAGAGAUGCAAAAAAAGAGAGAACACAAACCU